CUCUUAACACCUUGGCUCAUUUCAAUGGCCAACCAGAACUCCUUCCCCCUCUGUGAGAAACACAGGUACAACCACACUUAUAAAAGGGUAACGGAUAGCUUGCUCUUAGUCCUUCUCUUGUUGCAGCUUGGUUACCGCGCUAUCUCUAUCAGCAACUACUCAUUCCCUUCGUUUCUUGCUUUUGUCUGCGAAUCAUGGUUCACCAUCUCUUGGUUUUUUACUCUCUCCACUCAGUGGAGUCCAGCAGUAAUCAAAACCUACCCAGAACGUCUCUUUCAAAGUGUGCAGGAGGUUCCAGCAGUGGAUAUGUUUGUGACAACAGCAGACCCUGUGCUUGAACCACCUAUUAUCACAGUGAACACUGUAUUGUCUCUGUUAGCACUUGAUUAUCCACCUCACAAGCUUGCUUGUUAUGUCUCUGACGAUGGUUGUUCACCCCUAACCUUCUACGCUCUUCAAGAAGCCUCCAAAUUUGCAAAGUUUUGGGUACCAUUCUGUAAGAAGUAUGAUGUGCAAGUUAGAGCUCCCUUCAGAUACUUUUCUGCCAAACCACAAGUCUCAACACCCACCAACACAACAGAAUUCAAACAAGAAUGGUUACAGAUGAAAAAUAUGUAUGAUGAUCUUAGCCAAAAAAUAGAAUUGGAAGCAUCCCAAAAAUCAAAUCCAAGUCAUGGAGACUUUUCUGUUUUCUCAAACACUGAGAGCACAAAUCAUCCAUCCAUAAUCAAGGUUAUAUGGGAGAACAAAGAAGACCUUGAAGAUGGGUUACCUCAUUUGAUCUAUAUAUCUAGAGAGAAGAGGCCAAAACAUUCUCAUCAUUUCAAAGCUGGUGCCAUGAAUGUAUUGACAAGAGUCUCUGGGUUGAUAACCAAUGCUCCCUUUAUGCUGAACGUGGACUGUGACAUGAUCGUAAAUAAUCCAAAGAUUGUUCAUCAUGCAUUGUGCAUUUUACUCGAUCCCAAAGGACAAAAAGAAGUUGCAUUUGCUCAAUGUCCCCAACAAUUCUACGCUACACUGAAGGACGAUCCUUUUGGAAACCAGAUGGCAAUUUUGAUGAAGUACAUGGCAGCAGGAUUAGCUGGGCUGCAAGGGCCUUUCUACUUGGGAACAAACUGCUUCCAUAGAAGGAAAGUUAUUUAUGGUCUUUCUCCAGAUUACGUUGACAAGGGAAACAGCAUAUCAGAGAAGGAAUUGAAACAAAAGUUUGGAGCUUCAAAAGAGCUUAUGAAGUCAGCUGCUUGUGCUUUGGAAGGAAGGACAUAUUCACCAAAUGCUGUUAAUAUUGCAAACGUUAUUGAGGCAGCAAGCCAAGUUGCUGGUUGUGGAUAUGAAUAUGGCACAGGAUGGGGCAAACAGGUNGGUUGGAUAUAUGGAUCAGUAACAGAGGACGUGCUUACUGGACUGACAAUCCAUGAAAGAGGUUGGAGAUCAGAAUGGUGUACACCAAACCCAGUUGCCUUCACGGGCUUUGCUCCAGGAGGUGGCCCAACUGCAAUGGUCCAACAGAAGANAUGGGCCACAGGGUUUCUGGAAAUCUUUGUAAGCAAGCACUGUCCUAUUAUUGGCACCCUUUUUCAUAAGCUUACUUUGAGGCAGUGCAUAGCAUAUAUGUGGAUUCUCAACUGCGGGCUGCGAGCAGUGUUUGAAGUAUGCUAUGCAUGUCUUCUUGCACACUGCAUCAUCACCAACUCCAAUUUAUUGCCACAGGACCUUGGCAUAUUUAUUCCAGUUGCUUCUAUAGUAAUUUACAAGGUAUACACUGUAUCAGAAUAUUUAGCAGAAGGGUUAUCAAUAAAAGCAUGGUGGAAUAAUCAAAGGAUGUCAAUAAUNACACCCAUGAAUGCUGGUUUCUGUGCUUUUCUCAGCGUCCUACUUAAGANUUUAAGAAUGUCUGAAACUGUAUUCGACAUAACAAAGAAAGAUUUACCCCCAACAACUGAUGUNGUAGAUGACAAGGAUGCUGGCAGGUACACCUUCGACGAAUCCCUAGUUUUCUUGCCAGGCACUACCAUUUUGCUGUUGCAUUUGUCAGCAAUAACUAUCAAGUUAUUAGGAAUGCAACCAGUGGUGCCAAUUCAAAGCAAGAACGAGUGUGGAAUUGGUGAGAUUUUUUGCAGUGUUUAUUUGAUUAUUUGUUAUUGGCCAUUUCUNAGGGGAUUAUUUGAGACAGGAAAAUAUAGGAUUCCCUUGUCUACAAUAUACAAAUCGAUUGUCUUAACAUGUCUCUUUGUACACCUUUCUAGAAAAACUGUUCCUGCUUGAUCAGGUUUAGAAACU